UGUUGUGUGGAGGACAACAGACUACGCAGGAGGCAUUGGAGACACACGUAGAUACCCCAAAGAGAGAUGAACCGCUGCCUUCUGGAGAGGUCGUAGUCCAAACUCUAACCUCUGGAGAGGUCGUAGUUCACCCUGUAACAUCUGCUCGCGCCUGGACUGACCCGCGUCCCUGCGAAACCCGACCCUGCAGCGAGACGAUGCGUCACUGCGGAGGCUACGCCGUUCUGGCCUGGCUCAUGUGUGCUCUCCACCCCCCAGCCUGGUCCUCCCCAGCCCCCAGGGGGGUCCGCAGCUCCGUGGCCUUCGUCUCGCCCCCGGGGGCCCCGGUCCAGGACUCUGUGGCCCUCCGGUCCCUCUGCACGGGGCCCUGCCGCCUCACGGUGCAGCUGCUGGUCUCCACAUCCACCGGGGCCCCCCCGCUGGUCCUCCAGACGACCUGGGCCCGGCCCGGGUCCCCCAGACCCCGCCGGACCCGGCUCCGGCUGCCCCCCUCGCUGGCCUUCAGACGGGGCUUCUACAACCGGCACGUGGUGGACGCCCGCGGAGGGGUCCUUCGCGCCUGGGUGGCGGGUCUGAACGACAGCUCAGGGUCGGGGUCGUACGCCGGCGCGGCGGUAAGGGCGGCGGCGGUGCUGAGGGUCACGCCCCCCUCCCAGCGCCCUCUCAGACCCCCCACCGGCUGCCCCUCGUGGUCCGCUGCGCUGCUGUGGAGCGCGGCCGUCACAACGCAUCAGUGUCCGCAGGGGGCAGGCGUGGAACACCUCCUCCGCUUCCCGGCAGCGAGCACCGGGGAGCGCUUCGGGGUGGUGAGGACGUUCCACCGCUUCCCCGCCGGAGUCCUGGAGGACCUGCGCCGCGACGCCAUCUCACAGCCCAGGGUGACGGUGUCGGUGUGGGUCUACCUCCUGGAGUGGUGUCGGUCCAAGCUGUGCGGCAUCGUGCUCCACGUCAACAGAGAGCAGGAGUUUGACUCCCUGCUGAUGAUGCUGACCAACACAGGGGGGCUGAUGAUUCAGAGCCGGUUGACCAGUGGUGAAGACAAGUCCUUCCAGGCUCACGCCUCGCUCCCUCUGCUGACGUGGAUCAGGUUGGACUGCUCCGUUCACCAAGCCGAGGUCAAACUGGAGAUGUCUUGGAAGAACCACAGCCAGACACACACGUACAGGUUCACGAGCAACGUCCACUACGACGACACGGAUGGCUACUUCGUGAUGGGAGGAAGCCGCUACAUGCGGGGAAUCUACGGCUACUUCGGACCGGCCGUCGUCUAUCGCCUCGGAACGACGAAGGUGGAGAAUACGCUGGGGAACACGCCGGAGAAGCUGGGCCGCGCCCACCACCGCUGUCAGCAGACCGCCACCUUCACGCACGCCUUCUCCGAGGCCGUGGCCCACGGGGACCCGCUGCAUCCCCAAGGUGUGUGUCGCCCCUACUACGAGACCUUGUGGAGGAGAUCCCUCAGACCCAGAUGUGACCAGACCUGGUCUUGUAGCUCCCAGCAGAACCUCAGGACUUUAUUCCAGUUCCUGCAGAGGCGAGCAGAGGCCCCGAUCUCAGGACCCUGGGGCGAGAAGGAACUGGGGAACCACCUGUUUGAGUACGUCACCACGAGGAUGUUCAGCGCGGACCACACUCGCCUCAGACUGUCUCCCAGCCUCAGCGCUCUGCUGCAGGCCUCCUGUUGCCUCGGCCACCAGCACGCUGCCCUCCUGAUGGCCACGGUCCACCUGGCCGGGCUGGGACGUCCUGUUGACCAGGAACAGGGUCACGUGUACAGUCUGAUGGGCGCACUGGGGGACCACCGCCUGGCCCUCAUGCACCUGGGCUACAAGCACAGCCAGGGCCUGGACGGCUUCCCCCGGGACCUGGAGGUAGCCUACAGCUGCUACGCUAACACGGCCACGCAGACCGUCUCCGACGACGAGCGACCCCACCAGGACCACCAACACGUGGUGGAACACGUCUACCUGGACAACCAGGAGCAACUCCGGGCGGUGGAGCAGGGAGCCAGCGACAUGCUCCACUUCCUGAGGAUGAAGGCGCGCAGCGGGGAUGUGGAGUCCCAGAAGCAGCUUGCCUCCAUGUCCUUCUGGGGGCAGAACGGCGUCACCAGGGACGUGGCGGGCGCCGUCAGGAGGUACAGGAAGAUCGCCCUGCGCAUGAAGGACGCUGGCGCCAUCUACGACUACGCUAUCCUGCUGAUGAAGGGCCAGGGAGUCGAGAAGAACCAGACUGAAUCUUUGAGGCUCCUGGAGAAAGCGAUAGAAAUGGGCUCGGUGGAUGCGCUGAACGCAGUAGGCUGGUACUACGCCUCCGUCAUGAAGAACGUCAGCGCUGCCAUCGGUUACUUCCAGCGCGCCGCGCUCAACGGCAGCCGGGAUGCCGUGCACAACCUGGGGGUGUACCACCUCAACGGACAGCACCCCGACGACCGGGGCAAGAACCAGACCGCAGCCUUCAAGUGCUUCAUGAUUGCCUCACGGGCGGGGCAUGCGGCGGCGUCCGUGAACGUGGCCUGGUACCUGGCCACGGGGACGCUAAGGGGCGUGGCCAGAGAUGUGGAGCUCGCGGUGAGGAAGCUGAAGACGCUGUCGGAGAGGAAUGGACACCUCGGCCACGCGCUGAAGACGGCCCUGAGGGCCUACCUCCCGGGCUCCCGGGCUAAGGCUCUCGUGGGUUACCUCCUGUGUGCUGAGACCGGGCUGGGAUUGGCCCAGGCCAACUCCGCCCACCUCUGUGAGGAGCUGCAGUUCUCCCCAGAGUGCCGGUGGAGAUACACAAACUACUCAGUGUUGAACUAUGACCCCCCUCCCUCAGGUCUGCUGAAAAUGGGAGAUUACUUCUACUCUAACUCUGCGGACGCCGGCGGCACGGAGUCCUCGACUCUGAUUGGCCAGGCCGUAUCCAUGUACAUCCGGGCCGCUUCGGCGGGAAGUCCUCAGGGGUGCUUCAGCCUGGCGGCACUGGCUCUGGACGGACACGCUCUGCCCGCUGGCGUCCGGCGGCAGUUCAACGUCUCCGCUCACCAUCACCCGGACGUUCUGCUGGAGAAGAUCCUGCUCAGGUGUGUGGAGAUGGAGGCUGAGGGCACCCUGACUCCUUGUUCUCUGGCUCUGAUGAGGCUGCGGGUCCAGCAGGCCUGGAGGAGGAUGGCUCAGAACCCGGCCACCAUCUGUCUGACGUACGCGGCACUCCUCAGCCUCGCGGCGGUUGCCAUGGUGAUGCCGUUCCAGGUGGUCUUCGAUGGCGGCGCUGCGAGGCCACAGGCGAGGGGGAGGAGCCAGGGGGGACCCCGGCACCAUGACCUCACAGGCCCCGCCCCCGACGGGACCCCCAGAGCGGGCCGCCCCCCGGGGCCCCGGCCACCGCCCAGUGCCCCCCCGCCGCUGCAGAGGGCAGCGGAGGCGGUGGUCAGCGUGUCGGGGGCGUUGCUGUGCGCCUACGUCACCUCCCUGCUGUUCCACGUCCUCUGAGCCUCCGUCAGCACCGUUAGGACAUCAUCAGGACACCCCCUGAGACCCCACACACCGGGGGGUCUCCCGCGCCCUGCGUCACCUUAACGCAUGGGGGGGGGGGGAACAAUUUGUAAUAAAGAAUUAUAUAUCUGC